AUGAAUGCACCAGAGGGCCUACCGAUGCCACCAGCGAUCUGGCAGGAGGCACGGAAUGCAGAAGGCAGGGUUUACUAUUACAAUGUUCAGACCAAAGCCACCCAAUGGACCAAGCCGUUGGAUCUAAUGACACCGCUGGAGCGCGCGUUAGCAAACCAACCAUGGAAGGAAUAUACAGCUCCGGGUGGGAGGAAGUACUGGUAUAACACCGAAACCAAACAAAGCUCUUGGGAAAUGCCUGAAGUUUACAAAAAUGCUCAAGCCCAGGCGCAAACCCAGGCUCAGCCUACACCAAAGCCGACUCCUGUUGCCCCGACCUUUGUUGCUGGCGGUGUAGGCGCGUUCCCUACUUACCAGGCUCCAGCACACGAUCGUGACGAACAUGAUCGAAGCAUGACCGACCGACGACAUGGAUACGGAGGAGGUAUUGAUAUCAAUGGUGCAAAUGCAGCCGCUAUUGCUAAUCAGCAAUCUGACUCUGGGUUUGCUACGUUUGAAGAGGCGGAAGCUGCCUUCAUGAGGCUCCUGCGACGCAGCAACGUUCAGCCGGAUUGGUCCUGGGAGCAAGUGAUGCGCGCGGUUAUUAAAGACCCUCAAUAUCGCUCGUUAAAAGAUCCUAGAGACCGAAAAGCCGCAUUUGACAAGUACGUACUUGAGGUUCGCGCUCAAGAAAAGGACAAGGCGAAGGAGAGAUUUGCCAAACUUAGGACUGAUUUCGGUACAAUGCUGAAAAGCCACCCUGAAAUCAAACACUAUACGCGUUGGAAAACAAUUCGACCUAUUAUCGAAGGCGAAACCAUUUUUCGAUCCACGGAUGAUGAAGGUGAACGCAGACAGCUUUUCGAAGAGUAUAAAUUAGAACUGAAAAGGGAACACGCAGAGAAUCAGGCUAAUGCACGCAAGUCAGCAAGAGAUGAUUUGGUUGAUAUCCUGAAGACACUAAAUUUGGAACCCUACACUCGCUGGUCAGAAGCCCAAGAGAUAAUCCAGUCAAAUGAAAAAAUCCAAGGGGACGAAAAGUUCAAAGCUUUGACCAAGUCGGAUAUCCUAACUGCCUUUGAGAACCAUAUAAAGUCUCUUGAGAGAGUGUUUAACGACCUCAGGCAACAACAAAAGGCUAACAAGGUUAGAAGAGAGCGUCAAGCAAGAGAUGCAUUUAUAUCAUUGCUACGAGAUCUCAGGUCCCAAGGGAAGAUCAAAGCUGGCAGCAAAUGGGCCAAUCUAUAUCCUUUGAUCGAGGAGGAUCCGCGAUACACCGCGAUGCUCGGGCAAUCCGGAUCUACUCCUUUAGAUUUAUUCUGGGAUAUGGUGGAAGAAGAAGAACGUGCUAUACGUGGACCAAGAAAUGAUGUUCUUGAUGUUCUUGAUGACAAACGUUUUGAGACAACCCUGAAAACAACGUUUGAUGAGUUUAAGGCGGUAAUGAGGACUGAUCGUCGUACAGCUACAAUUGACCAAGAAACUCUUCGACUUAUCUUUGACCGUCUGCAAGAGAAGGUCCUUCGGCGCACGGAAGAUGAGAAGCAUGCGGCCAAUCGACAGCAACGGCGGGCAAUUGACCUUCUCCGAUCACGUAUUAAGCAUCUUGAGCCGCCAGUCCUGGCAACUGACUCCUGGGAGGAUGUUAAGCCCAGAAUUGAAAAGAUGGAGGAGUACCGAGCCGUUGACUCAGAGGACGCCCGCCGUUCGGCAUUUGACAAAGUUGUCCGUCGCUUGAAGGAAAAGGAAGAAGAUGCUGAGCGUGAUCGCGAAGCGCGUGGAAGGGACAGACCCUCUCGACGCGAUCACUAUGAAAGGGGUGAUCGAGAUGAUCGCAGUGGCCAGCGCUGGUCAGCCUCUGGGCGCCACAGCCGCACCCCUGAGCCCGACGCAUAUGAAGCUGAUCGCCGCAAAGCUCAAGCGGAUCGGGAACGAUCCUAUCGAAAAGCCAGUGGGUUUUCGUCACCGCCUAGCCAUCGUGAUCGUGAUCGUGGAAAAGAGCGAGAUAGGGACCGCGAUCGUGAAAGAGAUAGGGAUAGGGGUCGAGACCGUGACAGAAGCUCAUCUCGACACCGUCGUGACCGCCGCAUUCGAGAAGAUGAACGUGACAGACUAUAUCAUAGUCGUGCUGACCCCCGAUCCAGCCGUGAUGAGCUAGAUUAUGGAGGUGGCGACACUGAUACCGCAGCGCGAAGUGUGACUAGUGAACGCCGUAGACGUCGAGACAGUGAUGCCGAGAGCGUUGGCAGUCGGUCUGCAAAACGCUACAGACGGGAGCCUGACCGAUCAGUGGGUGCCAAAGGCGGUAGACGAGAUAAGGGAAAAGAAGAGAAACCCCCUGUGGUGGAAGAAAAGGCAGUUCAUUCUGGGAGCGAGGAAGGGGAAAUUGAAGAAGAUUAA